AUGGCAAUGUCGCAUGUGUCUGGUGUAAAAGGAGAUCAGCUGUCUGUUCAAUGCCAUUAUGAUGGUGGUGUCAUCAAUAAUGAAAAAUUCUUAUGCAAAGGAGAAGAUUCGACUUUCUGUGAAACAUCUGGUGUCAAAGUUUCAAGAAGAAAAAUUCCAAAUGGUAGAUUCUCUCUGAAUGAUAACAAAUCUGCAAGAGUUUUUACUGUGACCAUCACUGAUCUGACAGAAGAGGAUUCUGGGAUCUACUGGUGUGGAAAUGUACCGAAAGGAUCUCAACCAGCACAUGAGAAGUGGAUUUCAGCGAUCAAUCUGACGGUAUCUGAAGUCACAUCAGAGAGGACAUCACAAACACCAACAACAGCUUCAUUUCACACCCCCAAACCAGCAUCUACUCAUUCUUCAUCCAGACCGACCACAUCAUCAUCAUCACCUUCAUCUUCACUGAGCUCAUUGUCUUCAAAACCACAGUCAAGUUUAAUGUGGAUCGUGAUUCUGUUGUUUAUUGCGAUGUUGAUGUUGUGUGGAUUCCUUUUGUUUAUUUACUUCAGGCGGAGUAAAACAAACAAAGGAUUGCAGCUCAGUGGUUUCACUCUGGGCUCAGAUGGGAAUCUGAACAAUGUACAGUUAAGAGAAACCAGAGUCUCUGUCUGUGAAUAUGAAGAGAUCCAGCUCACAAAUGAUCCUCCAAUCUACAGUUUGCCCCGUCCUGUAUCUGGUGAAGAUGAUGCUCCUGUUUAUGCUUUAGCACUAAACGUCUCUGAUAAUCUCAACUAUUCCACCAUCAAAUUUACAGACCAUUCAGCCAAAACUUCUCCUGAUGGACAAACAACAAGUGAUUAUGCAACUGUUAUUCCAUGAAACACUGUCAGCAUCCACCAACUCAGCUCAAACCAAGUAAUGUUACUCCUAAGGUCUCCCAAUGUAACCUCAUCUACAUACGACUGUAAAAUCUGGCACCUUGAUUCUGGAUAUUAUUUUAAUCAUUUUUUAUUUGGAUAUUUUGAACUUCAGCAUGGUUUACAUUUCCAGAAAUGAUUUAACAUUUUGAAUCAAUGUCAUAAAAUAACAUUAAUUCCCCAUGAAUAUGACAUCAGCGAGUGUUGCAUCUACAAAUAUAUAACAAAGUGUCUAAUUGUACAAUUUAUACUGAUUUUGGCAAAAUUACCAAGAACCACCGUGUUUGUUUUCAACACUGGAAUGAGAUGUAAAAAUUGUUUCCAUGAAUUAUGUUGUAGUUUAAAUCUUUCUUGUUCAUAGCCUACACUCUGGGGCGGUUUCUCGGACAGGGUUUAGGUUAUAUUAGGACAUUAAAGAAGUUUUUACAAACAAACAUUACAAAACACUACAGGUAUGCAUCUUGAGACAAAACACUGAUAUAUGUUAAAAUAUGUCAAUGCAGGGAGUUUUUUAAAUUAAGGCAGCUCAAACAUGGAUUUUAAUGUGGACUAGGAUAAGCCCUGUCUAAUCGCCACUUUGGGGUGGUUUCCCAGGCAGGAUUUAACAAGCUCCCAACGAGCUGGAUGGCGCCUUGCAUGGCUGACGAGUGAAUAGGUGAAUUUUAAAGCGCUUUGGAUGGCCAUACGUCUGUCAAAAGCACUAUAUAAAUGCAGUCCAUUGACCAUUUAACUUAAAGGGGCCAUGGCACAAGACUUUUUUGAAAUGUAAAAUAAAUCUUUGGUGUCCCCAGAGUACACAUGUGAAGUUUAAGCUCAAAAUACCAUAUAGAUAAUUUAUUAUAACAUGUUAAAAUUGACUUUUUAUAGGCGUGAGCAAAAAUGUGGCGUUUUGGGUGUGUCCUUUAAAAUGCAAAUGAGCUGAUAAAAUUCGGUAUUAUUAUAAUAAGAUCUCCUUAUGACAUCAUAAGGAGGAGCCAAAUUUCAAUGACCUAAUUUUUCACAUGCUUGCAGAGAAUGGUUUACCAAAACUAAGUUACUGGGUUGAUCUUUUUCACAUUUUCUAGGUUGAUAGAAGCACUGGGAACACAAGCAUAGCACUUAAACAUGGACAAUUGAGAUUUUCAUGCCAUGGCCCCUUUUAGCCAGGACUAGGCCUUAGUUUAAUUAGGAAAUAUAACUAGUUUUAACAAACAUGCCUUACUAAAAACAUUACUUGUGUGCAUUUUGAGGCAAAACAAAGGGCACUGAUGUAUUUUAAGAUAAGUGAGUGCAAGUUGUUUUCAGUUUGGACAGCUCUUACAUUUAUUUUAGUCUUGGACGAGUCUCAUCCAUGUCUGGGAAAUCACAUAUAUAAGUUUAAAUAAUUGCCACAGUUUUUUCCCAAUCAUCUGAUUCCUACGGAAGAGGAUUAGGGCCACUGGUGAAAAAAAUAUUUGAAUUCUGACUUUAUUCUCAGAAUUCUGACUUUAUUCUCAGAAUUCUGACUUAAAUCAAAUGUAGAUUUAGAGAGUCCAGAGGUUUUCAAACUUAAACAUUUUUUCAGAGGACCCUUUAGAACCUGUCCUGGACCCCAGUUUAAAAACCCCAGCUCCAUGAUUUUAUGUGUUUCAUUUGUUACAUGAAAGAUUAAAAACAAGUGAAAUUGCACUGUGUU